AUGUGUCCGAAAACGGACAAGCAGGAUGCGAUCGUUUUUAAGUUUACAAACUUCGUCUGCGAGAGUUACAACCAAUCGUGGUUCGUGUUCCACAACUGUCGUCUGAAGGCCGUCAGUCGAAACAAAGUGCUCCUCAAUAUGAAUGCGACGGUACUAACUCCGGCUAAUGAUAUAACAAUUCGUGGCCGGAUUUUCAAAAAAGCAAGCGGCUAUAAGCCCUGGCUCUACGACGUUACUUUUGAUGCCUGCCGGUAUUUGCGAAGGCCAAAUCAACCCUUUGUUGCUAUAAUCUAUGGGCUCUUCAAACAGUUUACCAACAUUAAUCACACAUGCCCCUACGUGGGCUCACAGAUUAUCAAGGAUUUUUAUUUGAGACCAGAGCUAAUGCGCCUUCCCGUUCCAACGGGGGAUUAUUUAUUGGCAGUUCAGUGGUACUUCGAUAAGAGGCCACAAUUUGAAACGAAUGUUAGCUAUACUUUCGUAGAGGAUCUGUUGAAGAGCAAAUAA